AUGCAUACAGUCUCACCUAUGGCACAGCGCAGUCUCCAACCCACCCAACCUCGUUCCUUGCGCCGUUUCCCACGUGCCGUUUUCGCGCGCAUAUUCCAUUCCGACAGCAACAGCACAAGACGUUUCGUAACCAGAUUCCGCGUCUCGCGGGAUGCCGCAGUGACGGGAGGAAUAUCUGUCCAGUCGGGCUCGCGGCGUACAGACGCUCCAACCGACUCGACUAGUACAGCACCAGAUGAACAACUUUUCCUCGCUGCGAAGACAUGCCGCGCUGGCAUGAGCGAGUGGAAUGAGCAAAGAGGGGAUGGAAAAGAUGACGGGAAUCGGAAGCUGGCGGAAUUCACAUUAGCCUUCCAGAUGCCCUCGAAUGGAUACUCCAUCUUCGCAUCUCGAUAUCACUCCUACGCCAGCUGCUUGGAGACUAGUAGGGCCUGUAGGCGCGAUAAUGUUUGCGCGAAGCAUAAUAGCCCAGAGAUUAAGGAGGCUAGGGGCGAGCUAGUCCCGAUUAGGAAGAGGCAGUGA